CUCCGUUGUCGUCGUCCUGUUUACGUGAACCGACACCUCCGUGCGACGUUGGCUUCGGCUGCGCUGAGGAGGAGGAGGAGGAGGAGGAGGAAGGGGGCGGGCCGUCACGGCAGCGCAGUUCCGGGUUCUCUCCGGCCGAGGGUUGCCGCCGCCGCCGCCACUUCCCCGCGGUGUUUCUCGGCCGCAGCAUGUCGCUCCUCCUGGACAACCAGUUCCCGGAGCUGCCCCCGGAGCGCUCCGUCCACACCGCGUCCUUCCUGGAGGCCGUCUCCCACCUGCCCCCGUUCUUCGACUGUCUGGGAUCAAAAGUGUUUUCCAUCAUCAAAUCAGACAUUAACGGCAACAUAACGAAAAUUAGAGCGGUGUAUGUGAAGGACCCUGGGAGGUACGUGACCCUGCAGGACAUCCUGGAGGCCGAGCGCGAAGCCCACGGCGCCGAGUGGCCCAAAGUGGGCGCCACGCUGGCGCUGAUGUGGCUCAAAAGGGGUCUCCGUUUCAUCCAGAUCCUGCUGCAGAGCCUGGCCGACGGGGACCGGGACGAGAGCAACCCCAACCUGAUCCGGGUCAACGUCACCAAAGCCUACGAGCAGGCGCUGAAGAGGUACCACGGCUGGAUUGUUCAAAAGAUUUUCAACGCGGCGCUGAUCGCAGCUCCCUACAGGUCAAACUUCCUCAAGGCUUUGUCAAAGGGAGAGGAAGUGAAAGAGGAGGACUGUCUGGCGAAUGUGCGUCACUUCCUGGUUAACUACACCGCUACCGUAGACGCCAUCUAUGAGAUGUACACAAAGCUGAACGCGGAGCUGGACUACACUGUUUGAUGAAGGAGGGAUUUGUUUUUCAGAUUGUUCUUUCAGAUUAGAAUUUAUCACUUUGGUUAUGCUUUGUUAGAUAUGAAUACUGAUAGUCCACGACACAAAGCUUUAAGUUUCAUUGAAGAGUUGAAGUGACCACAGGGUAAAUACAGGGAGGGGGUCCUUUACAUAUUCCAUGAGAUGACUGUAAACACUGUUAUUAGGACAAUUUAUACUAAAUUCUCUGCCUGCUGAGCCCUAAGAUAGAGAUAUAUAAUAUAAUUAAUUACAGGAACCAACAGUGCCUUAAUUUUACUAAAAUGUUCUAAAGGCAAACUCAUGUUUGGCUCAAAUUAUAUGUCAUUUAUAAAGGAAAGUUUGUUUGCUUCUGG